UCAACAACAUAGCAACCUCAAACCCAUAUUUGGAUUACGAAAAAAGUUCAUGAGAAAAUAAGGUUAUCCUCUUCAUCCUCUUUGAUCUUGGUGGUGCUGGUGGCGGCGGUGCCAGCCGAUGGUAAUUGCUUUGCAAGAAUACCAAUCGGCACGCAGUGAAACGAAACGGAGAGUAUACAACAACUCUGUUUGUGGAUGCCGUGCAAGAAGGGAUUUGAUCGAAUGAGAUGGAGAGGACAAGCUCAUUGCCAAGAAAGAUAAUGGUGGUGGCAGAUCCAACCCGUGAAUCGGCUGGUGCAUUACAGUGGGUGUUAUCUCAUGCAAUUCUGGAACACGAUGAGUUGAUUCUUCUUCAUGUAGCAAAUGCGAGUUCAUGGCGGAAUACAUUGACUACAUUCCUUAAACGAUCGCCUUCUGCAACAACCACAAGUGAAGGUGGAUCAGAGAGGGGGGAAAGAGGAGGAGGUGGAGGUGGUGGUGGAGGAGGAGGAGAUAAAGAACAAAAAGAGCAAAAAGAAAGGGAUUUAGAGUUUCUAGCAGAGAUGAAAAAUGCAUGUGAAUUAGCUCAACCUAAGGUGAAGGUAAAAACAGAAAGAGUAGAAAUGGAAGGGAGGGAGAAGGCUUUUACUGUUCUUAUGCAAAGUAAGCUUUUGAGCAUUGACCUUCUUGUUGUUGGCCAGCGACGCCAUCUCUCUAGUGCAAUUUUAGGAUGUAGGCUGAGCACGCAUUCUACAAAGGCCACAAAAGGAAUGGAUACCGCCGAGUACUUGAUUGAGAACAGCAAAUGCACUUGUGUUGGAGUUCAAAAGAAAGGCCAAAAUGGUGGCUAUCUUCUAAAUACCAAGACCCACAAAAACUUUUGGCUUCUGGCGUAAACAGCCUUUUCCUACUCUCUCCUUCUCCCUCUAGAUCAGUUGUUGGUCUUCAAUACCGCAAAAACAAAGUCAGAUAGAGUUACUUUUGUCUGAAAGCCACGGUUUCACCAAAUUGCAGUCGUGGUUCGGGAUUCUUUACCGCAUUUUGCUGGAGUUUUUAAAACGAAAACAGAAACAUAGAACUUGAUACCUGUUUGUUUGCUAAAUCAAUCAAUUCACAAUUGGAUUGUUUUAGGUAAACUUUGUAAAAUACGGUCUCUUCUUCUUCCUAUCAUUCUACUUGUCCUCUUUUAGUUAUGGAUUGAAUGGUUUCGUUUCCUUUUAUGCC